AAUCUCCGGAAUCUCCUCCAAUGGAACCAAAAUGGACAUGGAAGAUGUCAACAAGCUUAAUGCGAGCAAAUGCAGGCCAAAUAUGGCCACUGGUGAAGGACUUCUUCAACAUCCACAAGUGGUUUCCCGGCGUGCCAACUGGCUACGGCGUCCAUGGCACCAACGGCGAAGUGGGCUGCGUCCGUUUCAACGCCGGCUUCCAGAUCCCCGCCUUUGACGGCGGCGACGUCAGCUGGUCCAAGGAGAGGUUGACCGUCGUCGACCCCAUUCAGCGGCUGAUCAGCUAUGAGAUCCUCGACGGCAAUAUUGGGUUCAAGUCUUACGUUUCCACCAUCAAGGUCCUGCCGUUGCCCGGGGCCGGAGAAGGAGAAGGGUGUGUGAUCGAGUGGUCUGUCGCCGUGGAUCCGGUACCGGGGUGGAAAAUGGCGGACUUGGUUAAGAAGUAUGAAAGUGGGUUUCAGGUUAUGGCGAAGAAAAUGGAGGACGACGCCCUUGCAGCUGGAACCUCCGAGCAGGCGCCGGCGCCGUAAACCGUAAGGAAGCAGCUGGCCGUAUAUAUGGAAUGGGAAAAUUAAUAAUUUGGGGCAUUUGAAUUUUCUAGAUGCAUGAUCUGUAUCUUGGUUUGGUUUAGAACUUACGUACGUGUGUGCCACUUCAAUAUGUCCCUUUAUUCAUAUUAGUAGAGUGUAGUUCAUGAUCAUUGAUUCCUGCGAACUCUUAAACACUCCUCCUGUCCCUUAAAAAGUCUCUUCCCCCUACGUAUCACUCUCCUCUCUAAUAACAAAUAUAUCAAAUUAAGUACUAAUUUUACCAUCC